UGAAUGAAGCCAGAAAGAUGGAGGUUGUACAGAGUGAAGGAAACUUCACUCGGAAAUGAGUCUUACGGACCGUGUAAUAGUUAAACUCGGGAUGAAGAGGAGUUGUAAAGAGGUGGGAAGAAGAAUGUUUUCUUCGGCAUAAGGAAAUUGCUAGUUUGACUCCACCUGUGCAAGCCUGAAGUUGUUGUGCUGAAGUUAUUGCAUAUUCUGGAGAUCUGGACUGUGCCCUGAGGAAAAUCAUAAACUCAGCAAGAUUGUUAAUAGCAAUGAUACCGAGGCUGGAAUUAGUACUAUGGGAAGUUUAGCUAUCUGUCUCUCGCUCUCUCUUUUUAAACAAUGACUAAUAUCCGUGAUGAAAGGUCAACCAGGUUGUCAUGACAACACCCACCUCUUUUGAGGGGGAUCACUCGGCUCCUACGUUCUUUGUUGGAUGCGAGGAGGAUGAAAUUGAUGAUCUGGAAUCAAACAUGAAGGCAGAAGACCUUGACCUUUACGAUGAUGAAAAAGAUUCAGACUCGCCCCCCGAGCGCCAAAUCCUGGUGGGGAUUUGCGCAAUGGCGAAGAAAUCUAAAUCAAAACCAAUGACGCAAAUCCUGGAGCGUCUGUGUAAAUUUGAGUACAUCAGUGUGGUGAUAUUUAAUGAGGAUGUCAUUCUGAAUGAGCCUGUGGAGAACUGGCCAGUGUGUGACUGUCUGAUCUCUUUCCAUUCCAAAGGUUUUCCUCUGGAUAAGGCAGUGGCUUAUGCUAAGCUAAGGAAUCCAGUGCUCAUCAAUGACUUGAAUAUGCAAUAUUAUAUCCAAGACAGGAGAGAAGUCUAUCGAAUUUUACAGCAAGAGGGGAUAGAUCUUCCCCGCUAUGCAGUGUUGAAUCGUGACCCAGACCGGCCUGAUGAAUGUAGUCUGGUGGAAGGUGAUGAUCAUGUGGAAGUAAAUGGAGAAAUCUUCCAGAAACCCUUUGUUGAGAAACCCGUGAGUGCGGAAGACCAUAAUGUGUAUAUUUACUACCCUGUGUCGGCAGGGGGAGGGAGCCAGAGGUUGUUUCGUAAGAUUGGAAGUCGGAGCAGUGUGUACUCCCCUGAAAGCACUGUGCGUAAAACUGGGUCUUAUAUCUACGAAGAAUUCAUGCCAACAGAUGGAACAGAUGUAAAGGUAUAUACGGUUGGUCCUGACUAUGCUCACGCAGAGGCACGCAAGUCACCAGCUCUAGAUGGGAAAGUGGAACGAGACAGUGAAGGAAAAGAGAUUCGCUACCCUGUGAUGUUAACUGCCAUGGAAAAACUAGUUGCUAGGAAAGUCUGCAUAGCUUUUAAGCAAACAGUUUGUGGUUUUGAUUUGCUGCGUGCUAAUGGACACUCAUAUGUUUGCGAUGUCAAUGGAUUCAGCUUUGUGAAAAACUCCAUGAAAUAUUAUGACGACUGUGCGAAAAUCUUAGGUAAUAUAAUUAUGCGGGAGCUCGCUCCUCAGCUGCAGAUACCAUGGUCCAUACCCACAGAAGCUGAAGAUAUUCCCAUUGUUCCAACGACCUCUGGUACUAUGAUGGAGCUGCGCUGUGUGAUCGCAAUCAUUCGACACGGUGAUCGAACUCCUAAGCAAAAGAUGAAGAUGGAAGUUAUGCAUCCAAAGUUCUUUGACUUGUUUGAGAAGUACGAGGGAUACAAGACUGGCAAACUAAAGCUAAAGAAGCCAAAGCAGCUUCAGGAAGUUCUAGACAUCACCCGUGAGCUUCUAGCUGAACUGGGGCAGCGUAACGACUGUGAAAUAGAGGAGAAGAAAUCCAAACUGGAGCAACUGAAGACUGUGCUGGAAAUGUACGGUCAUUUUUCUGGGAUCAACAGGAAGGUUCAGAUGACAUACUUGCCUCACGGGCAACCCAAAACUUCCAGUGAAGAAGAAGAUUCAAGGAGGAACGAUCCGUCACUACUUCUGGUGUUGAAAUGGGGAGGGGAGCUGACCCCAGCAGGCAGGGUACAAGCAGAGGAGCUUGGACGAGCAUUCAGAUGCAUGUACCCUGGAGGCCAAGGGGAUUAUGCUGGCUUUCCUGGUUGCGGUUUACUUCGUCUACACAGCACUUACAGGCACGACUUGAAGAUCUACGCGUCUGAUGAAGGCAGAGUGCAGAUGACUGCAGCAGCUUUUGCUAAGGGUCUCCUAGCACUGGAGGGCGAGCUGACUCCAAUUCUUGUGCAGAUGGUGAAAAGUGCCAACAUGAAUGGUCUGUUGGACAGUAACAGCAACUCCCUCAGCAGCUGCCAGCACCGUGUCAAAGCAAGGCUUCAUGAGAUUAUGCAGAAGGAUCAGGUGUUCACAGAGGAGGAUUACACCAAGCUGGCUCCCACUGGCAGUGCUUCUCUUAUUAACUCCAUAAAGUUAAUUCAAAACCCUGUCAACACCUGUGAUCGAGUUUACUCCUUGGUCCAGAGUCUCACCUUCCAGAUUAAGAAGAGGUUAGAAGACCCCAAAUCAGCAGACCUUCAGCUGUACCACAGUGAGACCCUAGAGCUCAUGCUGCAACGCUGGUCAAAGCUGGAGAGAGAUUUCAGGAUGAAGAGUGGUCGCUAUGACAUCAGUAAAAUCCCGGAUAUCUACGAUUGUAUUAAGUAUGAUGUGCAGCACAACAGCACCUUGAAACUCGAAGACACCUUGGAGCUCUUCAAGCUCUCCAAAGCCCUUGCGGACAUCAUUAUCCCUCAGGAAUAUGGUAUUAACAAAGAGGAGAAGCUGGACAUUGCCUAUGCAUAUUGCCUUCCACUGAUCAAGAAAAUGCAGCUGGAUCUACAACGGACGCAUGAGGAUGAAUCUGUAAACAAACUACACCCACUCUAUUCCAGAGGAGUGAUGUCUCCUGGGCGCCAUGUUCGAACACGGUUAUAUUUCACAAGUGAAAGUCACGUCCAUUCUUUGCUGAGUUUGUUUCGUUAUGGGGGUCUCUUGGGCGAGCUAAAAGAUCAGCAGUGGAAGAGAGCCAUGGACUAUCUUGGGGCAGUCUCAGAACUGAACUACAUGACUCAGAUCGUCAUAAUGUUGUAUGAGGAUAACAAUAAGGACCCAUCUUCAGAAGAACGAUUCCAUGUGGAACUCCAUUUCAGCCCAGGUGCUAAAGGUUGUGAUGAGGAUGAAAAUGCUCCCACAGGGUCUGGGUUUCGACCUGCAUCAGCUGAGAAUGAAGGUGGCUCCAAGACUGAUCAGGGCAGCAUGGAGGAUCUUUCGGAGAAUCGGGGGAGUGAUGAUGCGGAUGGAUUUCUUCCAGCCUUGCCUCAGCCAGCAGAGCCCUUCCAGAUUCACAAAAAGUCUGCCCUGACCAAGACCAGGAAGAUGGGCUCAAUGGAGGUGCUGUCGGAGAAUUCCUCAAAGUACAGUGGAUACCGGCUGCUGGCUCCUCCAUAUUCUAGACAACUGUCUGAUGUGAAACAGAGUGGUCUGGGUUCCCAGUGUGCUGGUUUGUUCAGUACCACAGUACUUGGUGGCUCCUCUAGUGCCCCUAACCUCCAAGACUACGCCCGCUCGCACCGCAGAAAAAGUGGCUCCAGUUACUUUUCUCUGAAAGAUGAAAUGUUAUCUAUGCCAGCCGUUAAAAGAUUUUCUGUCUCGUUUGCAAAGCAUCCGACUAAUGACUUGCUGGACAAUCAUCACGUGGCGCAGUUGCUGAGGCGAUUUUCAGCUGAUAACAGUUUCGCACAGAACCUGGCCCUUGAUGGUGCCUUGGCCCGGCACCUCCACCAGUGCUCGUAUCACAUUCGCCUCUUCAAGAACUGGCUGAUCUCUGGGCAGGAUGAUAUCAACUGCCUCUACGGUUUUGAAGGAUGCUCUAUGGUUCCUUCGAUCUAUCCUCUUGAAACGCUCCAUAAUUCUCUCUCUCUGAAGCAAGUGAAUGAAUUCCUUUCAUCCAUCUCCGAAAUUUGUGGAAAAUCUCAUGAUGGAGCGUCAAAAGAGCUUACAGCAAUGUUUGAGACCAUGGGGAAUAGCCAGCCUAGAGUGGAUGAGUAUAUCCCUCAACAAGUUCUGCCCUCUGCAGUUGCCUCCCUCUCAUCACGCUCUCGCUCAGAAAAACCCCCGUGGUAUAGCAGUGGUCCAUCAAGCACUGUGUCAAGUGCUGGCCCAUCAUCUCCCAACACCUCCGACAACUCCCCCCGGUUUAGUUUCAGCGAGAAGUCAUCACUCACGCCUCAGAGCAGCGAAGAGCAGCAGCAAUCCACCCACUCAGCAACUCCAAGCCAACAUCCCAGCUACGGUCACAAGGACUUACAGCUGACACCAGCUUUUCAAACCGGCCAGGGGCAACAAGUCAUUCAAGGUCAACAGCCGUACCAGAAUCACAGUGACCUGCAGCUGUCUGGAAGUGUGACUGGGCAAGGGAAGCAGGUGGUGGAAGGUCUGGUGGAAACCUAGCAAUGAAGAUGGCGGAUUGUUCCACAGUAUUGUGCCACCAAAUGUGAUGUCCAUUCUUGGGCUUCUGUUAUUAAAUAGGAACUGAGGCUGUAUCUUUUAUAACUCCAGUGGGAUGGCUCUGGCGUCAGUACAAUGAAUUAAUACAGCACUGUAAUAUGUGGGAGUUAGACACUUCUGGGCUGUGAUGUUUUGAUAUCACCUUGUGCCUCUGACCCCUGUGUGGUUGGUGCAGAUUAGGUGUCUGUAUAUCCGUUGUGAUGGGUGGUGUAUUUGUAUCUGGUACAUGUCAGUCUUACUCCAAUAACCAUGUACAGAAACCCAGCUAUUUCUUCAUCCAUGUAGUUUGUAAAUUGUAAAAGUUUAUUUAAUGAUGCUAUUUUGUAAAUAAGGAACAAUUUAAUCCUCAUGGGGACUGAUGGUA